AUGGCUGUCUAUCAUGAUCUCGACUGGCUCUUCGCCGUCGGUACGCUCUUCUUUAUUCUCUCCGUUUGGGGAAUCGGUGCCAACGAUGUAGCCAACUCGUACGCAACCUCGGUCAGCUCCAGGUCCCUGACCUUGAUCCAAGCUGGUAUCCUCGCCACUAUCACCGAGUUCAUCGGUGCCAUCGCCCUUGGACAACAGGUUACCUCGACCAUUCGCAGUGGUGUCUUUUCCAUCGACCGCUUCCUAGACUCUCCUGGUGUGUUGAUCAUGGCCAUGGUGGUUGCUGAAGUCGGCUCCUCGAUCUGGCUUACCGUCUGCACCUACCUCGGAUUCCCAGUGUCCACCACCCAAUCCAUUGUCGGUGCCCUCAUCGGUGUCGCCAUUGCGGCGAAGCUCCCUGUCCACUGGGGUUGGAAGUCUAACAGCGUUUCCCAAAUCGCUGCCUCUUGGGGUAUUGCACCCCUCAUCUCAGCCGCAUUCGGUGCCAUCAUCUUCACCAGUAUCCGGCUGCUGGUGCACUCGCGUGAGGAUCCCAUGAAGUGGGCGCUGCGCGUGAUUCCAUUCUACUACGCCAUUACUGCUGCUAUUCUAGCAUUGUUCAUCGUCAUUAGCGGUGGUCACGGAAUCCCAAAGCUCGAGGACUUGGGUGCAGGCAAGGCUUGUGGAAUUAUCAUUGGCGUUUUUGCUGGUGUUUGGGUUAUCAGUGCGAUCUUCUUUGUCCCUUACUAUUGGCGCAGCCUUGUGAAGGGUGACUCCCGCUUGCGCUUCUGGCACAUCCCCAUGGGUCCUCUUCUCUGGAAGGACGACUACACCUUGUACCUCCCUGGUAACCCGGACAAGCGUAUUGUGCCCAACUACUAUGAAAGCGAUCUGAAGGGCGAGACGGACAAUCUUCGCUCUGGUUCUGCCACUGAGGCUGAGGGACAAGAUUCCACCCUGGCCACCCCAGAAAUUGAGCCCCUCAAGAGUGAUCCCAGCGCUGCGGAGAACGAUGCCCGCAGGGCUGAUGCCAAAAUUGCGGAGAAACAUCAAAAGGAGCUCCAGGCUCUAGACACUCUCCCUUGGAUUCAUCCCAAGCGGAUCUUUGCCACCCUCAAGCUUGUUCUCACGUAUGGUGUUACCCGCGAUGUCAUUCACCACCAGUCAAGGGGUCUUGAUCAUAUCCAUCAGCAUGUCCCUGUCUUUGACAACAGAGUUGAACAUCUAUGGACCACUGCCCAGGUUUGCUCUGCUAUGAUCAUGUCUAUCUCUCACGGCGCCAACGAUAUCUCGAACGCCAUUGGCCCAUUCACAACCGAGUACAUGACCUGGCACUCCGGCAAGGCUUCCGCCAAGACUGACACCCCAAUGUGGAUCAAGGCGGUGGGUGGUCUUGGCCUCGGCUUUGGCUUCUGGACUUUCGGCUACCACAUCAUGCGCAGUCUCGGCAACCGCAUCACCAAGCACUCGCCUACUAGAGGUUAUUCUGCAGAACUCGCGGCGGCCUUAACUGUGCUCCUUGCUUCAAGAUUAGGCUUGCCAGUCUCAACUACUCAAUGCAUUACUGGUGCCGUGGUCGGUGUUGCGUUGAUCAACAUGGAUCUCAAGAGUAUCAACUGGAAGCAACUCGGCAAGAUUUUCUUCGGCUGGGUCCUGACUCUUCCAUGUGCUGGUCUUAUCAGUGGAAUCAUUAUGGGCAUGGCUCUGAACGUUCCCACAUGGGGUCGUUGA